UUCCUUGCUGGUCCCACCACCCUCACACCAGGGACACCCCAGCAGCGCGGUGCUCCUCUCACCGGGGUUCCACUGGCCCCAAGGACUCCGCUAGCCCAGGGGUGAGCCGUGGCUCUCGGGACACUGUGCCGACAUGCCCAGCCCAGGGGCACCGGGGAUGUGGGCGAUCCAGCGCCGGCUGCCACUGGCACAGCCAGAGCGGUGUGUCACCCCGAGUACCAGAAUAAGCGGGCGUGGGCUGAUCCUGAUAAUCCUGGAGCCAAAGUCCGGGACAGCGUUUGUUUACCAAGCGCGCAACCACAAGGACCGGCCGCGUGUCCGUGUCCCCGUGUCACGGCUCCUUCGGCCGCCGGCCGGGGCCGCGGCGACGCCGCCGCCGGAACAGCCGCGCAGGCGGCCCGGAGCCAGCCGGGUCCCGGCUUCCUUUCCCCGCGGCCGGGGGAGGAGUGACGGAGGGGGAGGCCCCUCUCCCGGACGCUGCGCAGCACAGAGCCAGGCCGCGGGUGGGGCAGCCCGGCAGAGACCCUCGCACGGCCCCGUGCCGCCGCCAGCCUUGCCCGGGCUGCUCGUCCCACGGCCGCAGGGUCAAAGUCUUGCACAGUCGCACCCCUGGCAGCUCAGGCCCGCUGUCCGACGCUGUCCCCAGGCAGAGACCCGGUGGAGGAGGGCAGCAUGGCAAAGAAGGUGGCCAUCAUCGGCGGGGGCAGCAGCGGGCUGUGCGCCAUCAAAGCCUGCCUCCAGGAGGGGCUGGAGCCCGUCUGCUUCGAGAGGACCGGCGACAUCGGAGGCCUCUGGAGGUUUGAGGAGCACCCCGAGGACGGCCGUGCCAGCAUCUACCGCUCCGUCAUCAUCAACACCUCCAAGGAGAUGAUGUGCUUCAGCGACUUCCCCAUCCCCGAGGACUUCCCCAACUACAUGCACAACUCCAAGAUCAUGGAGUACUUCCGCAUGUACGCCCAGCACUUCGACCUGCUCCGCCACAUCCGCUUCAGGACCAGCGUGUGCCGCGUGUCCAAGCGCCCCGACUUCGCCAGCAGCGGGCAGUGGGAGGUGGUGACGGAGAGCGAGGGCAAGCGGGAGGCGGCCGUCUUCGACGCCGUGCUGGUGUGCAGUGGGCACCACACCGACGCUCAUCUCCCGCUCAGUUCCUUCCCAGGAAUUGAGAAGUUCAAGGGCCGCUACCUCCACAGCCGAGACUACAAGGAUGCUCAGGCUUUCACAGACAAAAGGGUUGUUGUCAUCGGGAUUGGGAAUUCGGGGUCAGACCUGGCUGUGGAGAUCAGCCAAACAGCCCAGCAGGUCUUCCUCAGCACCCGCCGGGGUGCGUGGAUCUUCAACCGCGUUGGAGAUCAGGGCUACCCCAUCGACACCAUCUUAACCACCCGCCUGAAGACAUUCCUGCAGGGGCUGCUCAGCUCGUCCGUGGCAUGUGACUACAUGGAGAAGAAGCUGAAUGCCAGGUUUGAUCACGCACGUUACGGCCUGAAGCCGAAGCACAGGGUCUUUCACCAGCACCCAACCGUCAACGAUGACCUGCCCAACCGCAUCAUUUCGGGCAGGGUGCGGGUGAAGCCGAACAUCCGGGAGUUCACAGAGACAUCUGCCAUCUUUGAGGAUGGCACCAGGGAAGAUGUCGAUGCCGUAGUUUUUGCCACAGGAUACAGCUUCUCCUUCCCGUUCCUCGAGGGCUGCGUGAAGGUGGUGGAGAACCAGAUUCCCCUCUACAAAUUCAUGUUCCCCCCUGACCUGGAGAAGCCCACGCUGGCUUUCAUCGGCCUCAUCCAGCCCCUAGGAGCCAUCAUGCCCAUCUCAGAGCUCCAGUGUCGCUGGGCCACCCGUGUCUUCAAAGGGCUGAACGAGCUGCCCCUGCAGCACGAGAUGGAGGCUGACAUUGAGCAGAAGAAAGAAGCGAUGGCAAAGCGGUACGUGCAGAGCCAGCGGCACACCAUCCAGGUGGAUUACAUCCCUUACAUGGACGAGCUCGCCUGCCAGCUGGGGGUCAAGCCCAACCUGCUCACCCUGUUCCUCACGGACCCCAAGCUGGCCAUGGAGGUGGCCUUCGGUCCCUGCACGCCGUACCAGUACCGGCUGCGGGGCCCGGGCGCGUGGGCGGGCGCCAGGGAGGCCAUCCUGAGCCAGCAGCAGCGCAUCCUCAAGCCCCUGCAGACACGACACGUGGAAGAGAGCACCUCAGCCCCUGCCAUGCCUCUCAUCUUCAAGCUGAUCGGGGCUGUGGCCAUCCUGGCAGCUGUUUUUGCUUACUUGUAGGUGCCCUGCAAGCUCAGGAAGGGAGGCUUUUGUCCUGGGGUGACUCCCUAAACCAGGACAGCUUUGCAAUGUGCUGUGGGACUGGCAGGCCACCCCUGCCCCUUGGCAGCCUGUGCACCCCAGUGGUGGCAGAAACCUUCCUCCUGCCUGGCACAGCUCACCUGUGACCACACCAUGAACUAAGGAUGCACAGAACCUCCCCAGCUGCCAAAAUAAUGCUUGGGCUCCUGCUCUGCACCUUCCCUUGGGGAAUGCUGUCAUGGACAGAGGAGAAAACCUCCUCACUGCAGGCUAAAUUCCAGUUCCUCUCAGCCAGCUCUCCAGGCUUUUCUGUCCCCCGUAACCCAGCCGUGCCAAUUUUGCCACACGCGCACCAGAGCUAAGCAGCAAAGGCACAGCGCACUUUCUAAGUGGAUAAAUGCAAUAAACAGCCACGUGUCUGUCCUGCUACUGA